GGGAGAAAGGGUAAACACCAGAAAGAACAAUAAGAUCAAUAUGUCUGCUGCUGCGAACUCGUCGUUUGUCAAGAAGCUUGCUGCGAAUGACAGGCCAACCCGUGAUGCCGCCGUCGCAUCGCUCUCUCAAUUCUUGUCGGCAAAGAAAGACAUCUCCAAAAAAGACCUCCUAAAACUCUGGAAAGGUCUCUUCUACUGCUUCUGGAUGUCCGACCGUCCACGAACUCAACAACGCCUCGCAGAAGACCUCGCAUCCCUCGUCGCCAAGGUUCGACGGGAAAACGCCAUGUUGUUCCUCGAAGUUUUCUGGGAAACGAUGUGUAGGGAGUGGCCUGGAUUGGAUGUGUUGAGGAUGGAUAAAUUUUAUAUGUUGGUGAGGAGAUUUGUGGCGGCUGCGUUUAAGCUGCUACAGAGCGAGAAGUGGAAUGAAGGGUUGGUUGAGGAGUAUAUCAGGAUCCUGUCAGAGGGAUCUCUGCACCCCAAAGACCAAAAGAUGCCGAAUGGAUUGCGGUAUCACAUCACCGAAAUUUACCUCGACGAACUGGAUAAGAUCGUCCCGGCUGAGACAUACGCGGAGUCAGGAGAGGAGUUGCCGAUCGGUGCGUUGGUGAAGCCGUUUGAGGCACUGUAUACCGACUCACCUACCAAGUUGGUAAGAAAACGGGCCGAGGAGAAUGUGCUUAGGGACGGACGGUUAGAGAAGUGGGGAUACGUGAGCACGCUGGGAUUGGACGCUAAAAUGGGGCUCGAGGAUGCGGAGGAGGAUUCAGACAACUGGUUGGACAAUGACAGUGACGACGAUGGUGAUGACGGCGAGGAGUGGGCUGGUAUUCAGGAAUAAGGAAGGAGAACAAAUGCAUGACUCGAAAACUUUCAGCAUACCCAAACGAGCAUGACCAUAUUAGCUAGCCAGAAAUCUACCAAAGUGACCGUCUACGGCC